AGAAGUUGUUUUGAUUUGGUUUUUAAAAUGUUAUUUAGAUGUAGAUUUAAUUUGUUUUGAGGGUGCUAGUUAUUAUUGUUAAGAUUGUAACAAUAAAAGAAGCGAUAAUUUUUGUUAAUUCGAUCUGGUAAAAGUUUUCAUUCAUGGCUUACUUGUUAUUGAACAUAUUAUCAAUAUGAGUAGUACCCCUGCUUUUACAGAGAAGCAACUCAAAUCGACGCUUUCGGCCAAGAAAAACAAGCCCAAAGAGGCACGGAAACAUGUCCUGGCCUGUCCCUUUAAGGAGUUUCGGCCCCGAAUAAAAUCCGAGGAAGACCAGAAGCUUCUGCAUGAUGUAAUAAUGCAUAAGGUACCACUGCUAAAGCACCAGAAGAAUGUCCCUUGGGAGCAAAUAAAGCACGUUCCGAAAGAAGAGAGAAAAGCUGCUCGAGCAGUCCCCGAUAGUACCGGUGGUCCUAAGAAAAACAACAUACGUUUGGGCGUAAAUGAAGUAACUAAACUACUGGAAAAGAAAUCGGCCGGUGCUGUUCUAAUAUCAGGGGACACCAAGCCCAUGAAGAUAGUACAACAUGUCGUAGAUAUGGCUGUGUUACAUAGAGUACCGGUACUAAUUCUCGACGAUUUAAAAAGUACUCUUCACCAAAAAUGCGGCAUCGCCGCCAUGACUUUCGCCAUAGAAAGAGACCUUCCUCCGGACUCUCCCCUUAUCGCAAUAAAGGAGUGCGUAGAGAAUAUAUUUGCGAAAAUUCCAUCACCCCUGAAUCACAUAAAUUACAAGAGAAGUUUAGAAGACAUCGUCAGUACGAAUGAACCGGCAGAACAGAUGGAAGAUGAUGAAGAAGAUGAAGAAGAACCCAAAUUUGAUGAAACCGAAGUUCGUAAAAGGGUAUAUUUAGAAAAGCCGAAGAGUGGAAGGGCGUUUGUUCCUCAGGAACCAAAAAAGAGGAAAAAAGUAGGGAAAAUGGAUGUAGAUGAAACUGGGUUCCUAUCGUUUACAAACGAAAGCACUGACUGGCCUCCGGCAUAUAGCACACCUAGUUAUAAAUCAUUGGCAGUUAAAACUCACAGAGGAAAUCGAGUCAGGGCUAAAAAUAAAUUACAGAGAAUACGUACUAGAAAAAAUAAGAAGAGUAAUAAAGACGAGAAAGAGCAAACUGGAACUGAUGAUGUUGGAAAUUAAACUUUUAAGUUAUGUCGAUUUGAAUUGUUACGGAAAUGUUUCACUUGAAUAUGAAGAGGAAUUUAAGAGUUUAAAAUAAGUUACUACCAUUUAUUUGAACAGAUACACAGGGUGUUGAAGUCAAGAUAUGUUAAAUGUAUGAUUUAUUAUGAAC